ACUGCAGAUUCAGGAGGAACUGGAGAAGAGGACACAACAGUUCAACAGUGCAUUGCUUUGUCUCCUCUCGGCACCUGCCUUCUUUUCUCUGAGUCACCUUCAAGCACACCACCUCCAUGCUCUGGUGUCACGACUGGGUUCUCGGAGUUGAGCUUGAGACGUCGUCUAAGUCGGGGUUCGGACAUCUCUCCUUCUUCUCAACUGACUCCCUUACCCUCUCUUGCCGUACAAAAGCCGAUUUGCCUGACAAUCUACUCAAUUCUCGCUCAAUCGUAUGCCAAAUUCACCCUAGUGAAGAGUCGGGAUUUGCAUUUGCCUGCGCAGCUUGGCGAAAGAGUCAAUCAAGUUGUGGUUGUCACUGCCUCAAUCUCUUUGGAUGAUUCUAUGGUGAUAAUUGGACUGUCAAAUGGUCGUUUGUGGAUUUACUCACUAGACGAGAUUGGAUGGGUAGUGUGCAUUGCCUCCUCAAUACCUCUGAAAGCCAAUCCGUUCUUUUCGGCACUCAUGAGUGCUCGUACACCACGUCCAAAACCGGAAUGUUCACCCCUAGAUUCGAGUGUGGUUAACAUGAAGCAGAAGUGUGACCACCAACUCACCUUGGACAAAUUGCAGUCCGAUAUGCAUCAGUACGGCUUCCUUGCAUGA